AUGGCUUCUAAAGAACUCCCGGCGCGUCUCAAGGAGUCACUUGAGAACACUAAAGUCGAAUACCGCCAGCUUGGAAAAUCCGGGCUUCGUGUUUCAGUCCCGAUCUUUGGCUGCAUGAGCUUUGGCGAUCCUCGUACAUUGCCGUGGGCUUUGGGAGAGGAAGAUGCACUCCCGCUACUCAAGGCCGCAUACGAUCGAGGACUCAACACUUGGGAUACAGCUAACGUGUAUUCUAAUGGCGCAUCUGAAGUUACAAUUGGCAAAGCGUUGAAGAAGUACAACAUUCCUCGCGAGAAGGUUGUCAUUUUGACGAAAUGCUUCUUUGCAGUCGGCGAAGAGCCUGAGGCACGCCAGUUCGUGUAUCGUGAUGAGUUCAACACGGCCAAGGACUACCAGAACCAAUUUGGUCUGUCCCGAGGAGCCAUCUUCAACCAGGUAGAGGGCUCCUUGAAGAGGCUCGACACUCCUUAUAUCGAUCUUCUCCAAAUUCACCGUUUCGACCCCCGAACACCAGUCGAGGAAACAAUGAAGGCGCUGCAUGACCUAGUCCAGUCUGGCAAGGUUCGAUACAUUGGUGCAAGCAGCAUGUGGGGCACACAGUUCGCCCAAAUGCAGUUCGUUGCCGAGAAGAACGGCUGGACCAAGUUUGUCAGCAUGCAGAACCAAUAUAACCUUCUUUACCGUGAGGAAGAGCGCGAAAUGAACCGCUUCUGCAAUGACACCGGCGUUGGACUUAUUCCGUGGGCUCCCCUCUGCCGGGGUCACCUCGCUCGGCCGCCGGCGGACUUCGGCUCCACUUCACGGAGCAAAGGUGAGAAAGAGGGACAGCCCGGAUCGCAUGGGACGGUCGAACCGGACAUUAGCAUCAUCAAGCGGGUUGUCGAGAUUUCAGAGAAACGCAAAUGGCCAAUCGCACACGUAUCGCUUGCGUGGAUCAACAAACGAGUCACUAGUCCAAUCAUCGGAUUCAGUAGUGUCGAGAGGAUCGAGCAGGCUAUCACAGCAGACGGCAAGGUCCUUACUGAUGAGGAGGAGAAGUAUCUGGAAGAGCUCUACCAACCGAAGCCCAUUUCUGGCCAUACGUAA